UUUUGUUUGGGUUCAGCUGUCUGGCGAGAGAGAUUGUUACAUGAGUGCUGGAGGAGUUUUCACUGUAAGCUUGACAUUUAAAUAUUUAUUUUUUAAGAGAAGACAGAGAUCCAUGUGAAGAGGAUUGUAAGCGGUGUUCAGCACAACUGCACCAUUUGAGAGGAUUUAAAGAUGUUUUUGUCGUUGGCUUCCAUCAUCUCUCUUUUGGCUGUCAUUAUUCCAGCAACCCACUGUGGGAAAGUUUUGGUAUUUCCACAUGACGGAAGCCACUGGGUGAACAUGAGAGUACUUGUUGAGGAGCUGCAUUCAAGGGGACACACUGUGACUGUCAUUCGGGCUGCAGAUAGCUGGUACAUCAGUGAAACGUCUCCACAUUACAAUACUCUCACAGUGGACAUUGCCGGUGGUGGAGAUGAGGAUUUUUUUCGUCUCUUUGUCUCUGAAGUUAUUAAAAUCAAACAAAGCAAGGCGUCUGUGUGGGCCCGUUUUGCCUUAGACAUGGAGCUAAAAGACAAGUUCUUUGAAUUGCACAAGAAAAUCUGUGAAGUGGUUGUGUACAUAUUUGAAAACACAGCGCUGAUGAAGUCCUUGCAAGAUGCGAAGUAUGAUGUGGUUUUGACUGACCCUGCUAACGGAGGAGGAGUAAUGCUGGCUCACUAUCUGGGAUUGCCAUUGGUGUUUAACGCCAGAUGGACUGUUCAUGGUGAAGCCCAUUUUGCUAUUGCACCCUCUCCGCUUUCCUAUGUCCCGCUUCCUCCUUCAGAGUUAACAGAUCAGAUGACUUUCUAUGAGAGAAUCAAAAAUGUAGUUUUCUACACCAUGAGGAUGCAUCUGUACAAGCAGGUAGUUGGGCCACAUUAUUCUGCACUGUCCAGGCGCUACUUUGGCCCAGAUGUAGAUUACUUCUCCCUGUUUCAGGCUGCAGACAUUUGGCUGAUGAGAGUGGACUUUGUGUUUGAGUUCCCUCGUCCCAUCAUGCCGAAUAUCAUCCAUAUGGGAGGGUUUCAGUGUAAACCUGCAAAACCUCUUCCUGAACACCUUGAGGAGUUUGUGCAGAGUUCUGGAGAGCAUGGAGUCAUCAUCAUGUCUCUGGGGACACUAAUUGGAGAGCUUCCCCGUGACCUAGCUGAUGAGAUCGCUGCAGCUUUUGCUAAAUUACCUCAGAAAGUCAUCUGGAGACAUAAAGGAGACAAACCAGCCACUCUGGGCAACAACACUUUACUAGUCGACUGGAUGCCACAGAACGACCUCCUAGGACAUCCCAAGACAAAACUAUUCGUGGCUCAUGGAGGAACAAACGGUGUUCAAGAAGCAAUCUACCACGGAGUUCCUAUCUUGGGACUUCCUUUGAUUUUUGAUCAGCGUGAUAAUCUAUUAAGAAUUGAAGUGAGAGGAGCAGGGAAGAUAAUUGAUAUUUUUAGUAUGAAUGAAGACAUAUUCUUUCAGGGUGUUCAGGAAGUCCUGAAUGAGCCCUCCUACAGGAUGAACAUGCAGAGACUCUCCAGGCUGCACAGAGAUCUGCCAAUGAAGCCGCUAGAUACCGCCAUCUUCUGGAUAGAGUUUGUCAUGAGACACAAAGGUGCAGCUCACCUGAGAACUGAGUCCUACAGACUGCCCCGGUACUCCUACCACUCUGUUGAUGUGAUGCUGUUCUUAGCUGGAGUUGUACUGAUUAUUCUGGGCACCUUUGCUGCCUUAAUAAGGUGUUUAUGCUCCCUGUGUCUGAGAAGAAAAGGUAAACGUGACUAAAAAAUUUUUAAAAAAAAAAUCAAAGUAGCAAUCGCAAUUAAAUCUAAACCAUAAAUGGUGUUGCUAUUUCACCAACCUGGUAAUCUGGAUAAACAAACAUGUUCCAUCUUCGGCAUGCAGUUUUUCUUGGCAGGUUGGCAAGUACAUUAUUUUGAAAAAAUAACCAAUGUACAGUGACUUGGCCACUUCAGGGGGAACAUAAUAAAAGCAUUUACAAAGA